UGCACUGUGCCAGCUAUAUAAUCUGCAGCAAUAGACAGAGUGUGCAAACUCUGGUCCAGCCUGGGGCUCAGGCUCUCUUCAUCCUUCUUGUCAUCACUGCCUGCUGCUUCUGGGCCAAGGGAUUCUCUGCACAUCCAGGAUGGGUCUUGUGAAAUGUUUAUUGCUGGCAGCUGUCUGCAUUCAAGUUUCCUCCAUGCCCUUGUCCACUCAGCUUUCCGAGGAAGAAGAGAAGGUCACAAGAUGUAUCAUGGAGGUCCUAGCCGAGUCAUUGUCUACACAGGGGUCCGAGAGGGUCAGCAGUGGCUGCAUCCGACUACUCAGGGAAGAUGAAAGACUAAUCUCCAUUCUGCGUCAUCAACAUCUCCUGAAAGAACUGGAGGACCUGAGCCAUCGAGAAAAGUCACAGCAGCAUGCAGGACAGGAAAGCAGUGAAGAAGAAGAACUUAGAAAGAGAACCAAUGAGAGUCCUGUACCUGCUCCUAAAAGAGACACGCAAUCAAAAAGAGGAACAGAAAAUGAAGAAUCGAAAGAGUUUGAGAAGAUCGAAAAAGUGGAGGUGAAACAGAAAGAGCAUGGUACAUCAGUUGAGGAGAAAGCACAUGAGCUUCUGGAGGAAGAGGAGGACAAAAGAAGCCCUGCAGUAAAGAGAGAUGACAGUCAUGGAAAAAGAGCUGGUGAUGUGGCCAGGGAUGCUGCAGCCACCAAGAGAAAGGACAUGGAGAAAAAAAAUAUUAGUGAUGAGAGUGAGGAUGACAGCUCAGAGGAGGAGCAUGGCAGAGGAUACAAUGGGAACAGCAAAGGGUGGUACCAAAGGGACCAUGACGAAUGGGAGAAAAGAAAAAGGGGAUCCCAAAGAAGAAUGGCAGAGGACCCCAGCCAAGAAGAAACAGCCCAGUUUGAGACUGAAGACAGACGCCUGAAAUAUUUAAACUCCAAGAAUCACAUGCAUGGUUAUCCUCAUGAAGAGAAGAGACACAUCCACCACCCAGAAGAAGACAUGGACAGGGAGAGGAACUACUAUGGACCAGAAGAAGAUGAAAUGGGGAGGGAGAUACACCAUCACAAUGGUAGACCUGGAAAUCAUGAACAUAGAGAAGAGGAAGAGGAGAGGGAGCUGGAGGAAAUGGAAGAACGAGAGGAGCAUAGAGCUGAGGAGCGUGAUAUCCAAGAGGUGGAAGAAGAGCUGAGGAAGGCAGCAGAACAUUUGCAGGAAAUCCACCGAGGCUGAGAGAAACAAGAUGAAGGUUCAACCCUACGUCUUCCAGCCAAUAAUCUGCACAUAUCUUGAGCAUUGUCUGAUAUCUCAUGUACACGAUUCCCUGGUAUUCUUCUACGCUGGCCUGUAUGCCAUUUAUACAACCGCAGGCUGUAUCUGUUGCUAUUGUAAAAUAAAGCUUUCUUGAAAUGUUAGCAAAUUGACGAGGAAUUCCACUAUGUAUUGUGUAUAUUUAUAUUAGCCUCAUGGCAAAUAUAUAUAUGUAUUACUGUAUGGUUUCCUUUUGCCUCUUAUUGUCUGGAAUGUGACCACUUCUAUGCAUAUCAAAGCUAGGCAAGACUAAGCCAGGAACAAAAAAUGAACUCCUAUAAUGCAGCUAAGGCAUUGCUCCUCACCUGCAUGAUAUAGAUGUUGUGGAGCAGAAUGACAUACUGUAGCUACAAAAAAAAUCUUACAUAAUAAGAAAAAGUGCAAUGACUGGGUGCAUUGUCAUCACAUCCAAUGAGAUUUGUUUUUACUGCAAUUCAUAGGAGGAGAAACUGGAACCUGGUUGCAUUGGGUUAUUUUGUUAACACAUUUAAUGCACAUUGCCUAGCUUAAUGCAUUUCUGUUUGGUACUGGAAAAUUUUAGCUUCUGAUCUAUUGCAAUUAAAAUAAGCACAACUUGUCAAUUGAUUAUAUUUUAACUUAACUUUGAGUAAUUUUUCUAUAGUUGAGCCCCUUUUACAGAUCAGAUUCAGAUUUUUUUUUGUAUAUCUAGCGCAGAAGAGUUUAUCUAUCCAAUCCACCUUCUGAAGUCCAUUUGCUUCACCACAAGUUGAACAUCUAGUUCUUAGUUUUUGGAAAGUGUUAUAUUGUUGGGUCGGCUACAACCUAUCCAAUAUGUUAACUGUUUUUUAUUUUUAUUUAAUUUACAAUUAGCAGAAGAACGGCAGUGUCAAUAUAAGGCAAUGUUCUAGGUAGCUCUGGAUCCUCCAAAAACUGUACAUAGAUGGUCAUUAUGUAAUUCCGGUCUCUGUUCUGUGAUUAUAUUCAAGUUUUGCUGUGAGAAUUAAAUAAAAGUGAAAAAUU